CAGCACUUAUUGCACGGCCUGCACCACGUCAGCAAACAAGACACACACACACACACACGAUAUGAGGAUGACAGUGGUGGCGGCUGUGGCUGCGCUGCUUGUUGGCGCUGUGGCGCUUGCGACGGUGCCGACAUGCCAGGCGACGACACACUUGAAGGAGACGUUUGAAGAUGGCGCCGGGUGGAUGCAGCGGUGGGUGCACUCUGAGGCCAAGAAGGCGGGCGUGAGCGACGCCAUUGGCAAGUACAACGGCCAGUGGAAACUGAAGGAGGACGACAACGGCGCGCGCCUGGUGAUGGCUGCGGCCCACAAGCACUACGGGCUGAGCCGCCAGCUCGACACCCCAGUGACCUUUGAGGACAAGGACGACGACCUCAUUGUGCAGUACGAAGUGCGGUUCGAGGAGCCCAUGGAGUGUGGCGGCGCCUACAUGAAGCUGCUCACCAACACAGACGACCUGGACCUCUCCCAGCUCACGGACAAGACGCCGUACACCAUCCUGUUUGGGCCAGACAAGUGCGGCGCCUCCAACCACCUGCGGUUCAUCUACCGCUUCAAGCACCCGGUCACUGGCGAGUACAAGGAGGUGCACGCGCGCCAGGUGUCUGCGUCGGAGUCGCUCCUCUUCAGCCACACCCGCACCAACCUCGUCGCUCUCGUCCUGCGGCCAGACAACACGUUUUCGCUGCACAUCAACGGCGAGGAGGUGAGCCGCGGCGUUCUCACCGCCAAGGAUGACUUUGACCCUGCCCUCAUGCCCAGCCCCACCAUCGACGACCCAACAGACUUCAAGCCAGAGGACUGGGACGACCGCGAAAUGAUUGAUGACCCUGAGGACGUGAAGCCUGACGACUGGGACGAGGACGCCCCCGCCACCAUCCCGGAUAUGGACGCCACCAUGCCGCCCGAGUGGGACGAGAGCGCGCCUGAGCUCAUCCCAGACCCUGAGGCCGUGCAGCCCGAGGACUGGGACGAGGAGGAGGACGGCGAGUGGGAGGCCCCGCUCGUGCCAAACCCGGCAUGCGACACGGGCUGUGGUCCCUGGGUGCGCCCCACCAUCCCCAACCCGGCCUACAAGGGCAAGUGGAAGCCACGCAGGAUCAACAACCCAAACUACAUGGGGGUGUGGGCGCCGCGACAGAUUCCAAACCCAGAGCACUUUGAAGAGAGCGACCCGUUCCACAAGCUUGCCCCGAUUGGCGCAGCCGCCUUUGAGCUGUGGACGGUGACCAAGGGCGUGUCGUUCUCCAACAUCCUCAUCACGUCGUCGCACGAGGGGGCCGACGCCCUCGCCCAGCAGUGGGCGGAGAAGCGAAAGGCAGAGGACAUUGCGUCCGGGGAGGGUGGACUUGCGUUCCAGCUCGAGCUCCUACUGGAUGAACUGCAGGACAAGCCACACCUGGGCAUUGCCGCCACGGCUGUUGUCGGCGGCAUCAUUGCGCUCAUCUGCCUCCGCAAGCCACGCGAGCGCCCACGUGCCACGGGGGUGCGCCGUCCACAGCAGCAGCAGCAGGCUGAGGAUGACGAUGAACAGGAGGAGGAGGGAAACGAGCGACAGGAAAGGGAGCAGGACGGAGGUGACGAUGGUGAUGAUGGUAAUGAGCAAGAUGGAGCUGGUGACGACGACGAAGGGGAUGAUGAUGAUGAUGAUGAUGAGGAUGAGGAGGAGGAGGAGGAGGAGAACAACGAAGAGGAGUGAUGUGAUCGCCUCACAGGUUGUCUUGUGUGUCUUUUUUUUUUUUUUUUGUUUCUUGCGCGUUUCUCCUGUUUGUGUGCUUGUUGUGUUUGAGUGAGUGUACGAUACUGCUUGAUGGUUGGUGUGGUGCUUCGUGCUGGUGCUUGUGCUUGUGCUGCAUCACUCAUGUCUCAGCGUUGUAGGCGAUUCUCGUCUCUUGCCUUUUUGUGCUGGGGAGGGGGUCGUUCAAUGACACCGAGAUGGCCGCAGCCAAUACAACGACAGCAACAAACAUCAUAAUCCUAUCCAAAAAAAAGAACAACCCCGUG